AUGCUGCCUCUCCUUGCCCUGUUUCUCCUGACCGGGCCGUCAGUGUGCACUACAGUGGAAGACAGAGAGGAAGUGGCUUUCGGCGCAGAAGCAGAGCCCUGGGUGACCAUAAACCUGAAGGGAAUCCCCGUCCCCAGCAUUGAACUGCAGCUUCAGGAGCUGAAGAGAAGCAGGACUCGCCAGUUCUAUGGUCUGAUGGGGAAGCGGGUGGAAGGAAUGCACCCAAUCCAGUCAACGGAGAGAAUGGGGUAUCAGCUGGGACGUAUAGUGCAGGACCUCCUUGGCACGAGAGGUUUGUCCAUAGAAGGAACCUGCAGACAGGAGACAAGUCAACAAAGUGCAAGGCCCGGAGCAGUGGCCAGAGAAAGCCUCCAGAGUCAAGAGGAAGAUCAGACUCCCCUAACCACCAGCAACAUAUAGCACUCUUCCUUGGCAGAAGAGGAUGGGGCCAGAGUUCAGAGAGCCUCAAGGGACACCUUCCAAAUGAUACCACGCCCAUCUCUCCCCUGAUCAC